AUGUGGUGUUUUUUUUUAGAGAAAGUCUACAUUGCUGACAUUUUGUUGGAAAGUGAUGAGAAGUUGCAAACUUUGACCAUCAUGUCCGUCUUCAAUACCACAAGUGACCUGCAAGUAACAAACGUCAAUGGAACUUGCCACAAAGUGACGCUUGUGGAAAGUCAACAUGUCGCAGUUUGUGGAAUUGUUGGCAACACUUCUUGUUGUGUUGGUUGUCAUGGCAACCAGAGGAUGGAUGACAACAACAUCACAUGCAACAGCGGCUGUGCAACUCUGUGCACACAACGAUUGUUGCCUAUUGAAGUUCACCUGAACAUCAAGGCAGAACUCACUGCAACUACUUGGGAUUCAAACAAAACUGGACAGGUUCAAACUGCCUUUGGACGCCUCAACGGAUUUCAGCACUUCAAAAUCACUCCUUUGAGGCGAUCCAACAGAAGUGCUGACUUCCAGGUCGUCCUUGGCUGCAAAUGUCAAACUGCCGAACUCCAACAACUUGUGUCCACUUUGGAAACCAGUCUGGCAGCAGAUAUUCAGGUCCACACUGCAGGUAUGGUCACCUUAGAAUCGGUAGAAGCGUUGGUGCCGUACAUGUCCGCCCCGAUGCUCAAGUGCACAUUUGAGGAGAUGUCAAGUGGCGCUAACUGGAAAAUGUUUGGAUCAAACGGCUCCGUUGAGCUCCGUGACAGCAGUGUUGUGAAAGUGGAUUCCAGCUGUGCCACAAAAGAAAAGAAGUCUUGCAUUGUACUGCGACUUCAGAACAUAACAAACAUUUGGACAGGCACGUAUGAAUGUGGAUUUACUGUGGGGUCCAUCAGGCACACAGCAAGGACACGCCUUGGAGUGGCACCUUUGCCUGAACACAUCUCUAUGAAGGCCACGCCGUCCACCGUGGACUGCUCCAACAGACCGAGCUCUGACAUUGUUCCCGUGAGCGUCACAGCGACAGUCCAAUACCACAACUCCUACCAAGUCUGCUGGAGAUACAAGAAGACAAGUCGCUGCAACACAUCUUCUGGGGAUUCUCUGCAAGAUGGGUACAAAAUGGCAAUCAGCUGCCAGAAAAGCAGAGAAGUACAUUUUGUGACGGUCACUUUUAAAAACAUCAAAAAGCAAGAAAAAAGGGCCAGAUUGGACAUUCCAGUCAUUUAUGAGGGUGAACUUUUUUGCAAAGAAGAUGAGGAUUUGUGGCCAAAGACGCCAGACGGAGACACGGUGAUCAAACACACCUGUCCAGAUGGAAGACUGGGAUACCAGUCGCGUACUUGUCAAGAUAGCACCUGGCAACCUGUCUUUUCCUCCUGUGUCAGCAAACAUCUGCUCGCCACUUUGGAAGCAGCACAGCGCUUCAUCACGGGACAAGUGUCUUCUCAAGAAGCAGCAGUGGACAUAUUUGAAAGACUCAGGAACAGUUCUAUGUCUGAUGGGGAUUCAAGUGGCAAGAUGGCUGACCUCAUGGCUUCCAUUCACAUUCUUGACGUGAUGGCCGACGCCUCAGAAAGCAUCGUCUUACAAGACAACGUCCUACUUGACUUCAUAAAUGCAGCGAGUAAUUUGUUGGAGCAAACCUGGGAUGGAGUCAACGACUCAAUUAUUCAUGACAUGUCAUCACGUUAUCUUCGCUCCGUGGAAGGUUUGGUGAAGAACAUCAGAAUCAACGGGAAAAAGGAGCUGAGCACGCACAAUUUGGAGCUGAAGUUGUGUCCAGGUGGCAACUGUCGCCUGACUUUGUUUGACUGCACGCUACACCUGACGACGCUCAGCUGGGCAAAAACAGUCGCUGUGAAAAACCUGACGGACAAAUUACGAAACAACUUCCCCAACACAACGCCGUCUCCAGUUUUGAUAUUGGCCACCCUGGAGAACGCGGAGGAGUCUCCUGUGACAAUUCGCUUGGACUUCUCCAAGAAGCAGCAGAGAUCUCCAGAGCUUUUAUGUGUUUUCUGGAACACGGUGGAGAGGAGGUGGUCGGAGGAAGGCUGUGUGGUCAGAAGGGACUUUGAUGGCCACAGAAGUUGCCUCUGCGACCACCUAACCCCAUUCUCUUCCCUCAUGGCUGUCAGUGACACGUCCACUGAGUCUCUUGACGUCCUGACAACAGUCGGACUGAGUGUGUCUGUUUGUGCCUUGCUGGUCUUUCUGCUCAGUGAGUUUGCAGUUUGGUCAGCAGUGGUCACAACGAACCUUUCGCACGUUCGUCACACAGUCAUGGUGAAUAUCGCGCUUUUCCUCUUGCUCGCCCACUCCACGUUCUUGGCGUCCUCUUCCCUUGAGCUCCCGGAUGAGUGGUGCCGCAUCAUGGCCGUCUGCAAACAUCUGUUUUUCUUGGCCACAUUCGCUUGGAUGCUGUGCUUGAGCAUGGUGCUCGUCCACCAGCUGCUCUUUGUCUUCAGACCGCCAAGGAAAAUACUUUUCCACGUUCUCUUCGGCAUCGUCGGCUACGUCUGCCCAGUCAUCAUCGUGGGAUGCAGCUAUUGCUACUGCAAGUACACCGACGAGCCGUACUUCGACCACCGCUGCUGGCUGGUUUCUACGGCUCCGUUCCAGGGCUCCUUGUAUGCCUUCCUGUUCCCAGUCGGCGCCAUCACGCUGACAAAUCUUUUCUGCGUGGUGGUCGUCAUUGUCACUCUGCUGAAGUCUCAGGUCCCCGAAGGCAGCAAGGAAACUGCCAAAAGUAUCCUCAGAGUCUUGGUCUUGUUGACGCCACUCUUCGGACUAACUUGGCUUCCCGGAUUCUUUUUGCACACGAUGGACGCCGACGAUCGUCUGUUCCUUCUGACUGCCUACACUUUCACCAUCCUCAACUCAUUUCAGGGACUUUCCAUUUUGCUGACUGGCUGUUUUGCAGAUCAGAAGGUUCGAGAGGAACUGUGGAAGGUCUUCAAGAUUGGAGCGAUAUCAUCUGAGCGGCAAUCUCCUGUCGCUUCAUGAAGAAAAACUUAUUUUGUCAUGAUGCUCUUCUCUUCUGUGGUGUGAAGGACGG